AAGUCACUAGAUAAAUUUUAUGCAAUAUGGGAAAGUAUUGGAAUACCAGACGAUGCCAUCAGAGCCCGAGGUGACACAGUUUCCCUCCAUUUACAGACCUUGAUAUCAGAGAUGUUACAAGAAGAAGAUGCAUUAAAAGAUAGAAUGCAGAAGAGUAUCAGUGAAUUUUCUCUCCAGGUUAAAGAACUGUGUGAGGAACUUCAGUUACCAGUUUAUAAGAGUCAGUCAGGUUUACCGAUGAUACAGAAAGAAAAGGAUCUAAGAAUGAAAGUUGAGUCAUUGUCACAUGAAAAGAAUACAAGAGUAAAUGAUAUGAACAGACUAAAAGGACAAGAUCAGAACUUAUGUGAAGCAUUGUGUAUGACACCAUAUUACAUACCAACUGGUAGUGUACCAUCUAGAGAUCAGAUCAAAGAAUUAGAAAAGCAUGUUGCUUCACUCAAAUCCACCAAGGACAAACGUUUAUCUGAUUUUUUAACAACCAAGAAAGACAUCAUUAAAUUAAUGGAUGAGUUAGAACAGGAUCCAGAAACAUCUUUUGAAAAGGAUGUUGUUUUAGAGGCUGAAGAUUCCUUUAUUUUAUCUACUGAUAACUUGAAAAAACUACUAUCUUUACAGCAAGAGCUUUUAUCAAAGAGAGAGGAAGCUAAACAGAUAUGUAAUGAUUUAUGGCAGACAGUGAAAAGUUUAUGGGAUAGAUUAGAUAUAUCGUUAUCUGAACGUAAUGCAUUCUGUGCUGGUAAAGAAGGUUAUAAACGUAAAAUUCUACAAUGUUUACGUGAGGAGAUUAUUCGCUGUGAACAAAUGAAGUUACAGAAUAUUGAACGAUUUGUAUUGGGUAUACGUAAGGAAUUGACUAGCUGGUGGGACACAUGUUUCUAUAGCAAAGAACAACGAGAACAUUUUGAUAUGAUCUUCCAUGAGGAUGAGUUUACAGAAGAGUUAUUAGAAAUACAUGAAAGAGAACUAGCUAAAGUUAAAGAUUAUUAUCAACAGAAUAGAGAGUUAUUAGAUAAAGUGGCACAACGAGAAUCAUUAUUCAAACAGUUCUUAGAAGCUGAGAAAAAUGCAAAAGAUCCAGAUCGAUUCUUUAAGAAUCGUGGUGGUAAAUUAUUACAAAUGGAAAAGGAUAUGAAAAAAAUUCAGAAAGAUUUACCCAAGGUUGAAGCUAAAGUUAAAGAAGCUAUUUCAGAAUGGGAAAAAGAAAAUUGUAAACAAUUUUUAGUGGGAGGUGUGAAAUACGAUGCAUUUAUAGAUCAACAAUGGCUAGAUUAUGAAGAAUCUAAAAUCAAAGAAAAAGAACAAAGGCACAUAAAGAAGAUUAAACAAACAGUAGAAGAAGCACACUUUGGUACCCAUGUUAGUAAAACCACACCUGUCAAAAGACGA